UAAACGAGGAUUGCACGAUAGAGAAGGGAGUUAACUAACGCUGAGUGAGCGGUAUUACGUACUAGUGGGGCAGUGAGGAUGGCUCACGGUGGAAAGAAAAGGAAAGAAUAUGAAAGAAAGAAAAUGUUAAAAGUAGAGGAAGACGGUUAGAAUAAUGGCGGGCACAAAAGUAGUGUUUCGUGACAUUUUUUUCACAAUGGCUCGAAAUUAAAUUGCUUGCAAAUUGUGCAAGAAAUCGCAAAGUAUAUUCUUGAGCUUACUUUUUCUCAAUUUCCAAUGACGUCUACCUUUGCGAACUUUACUAUCGUCACUGUGCUCGAUUCUCUUAGGUCGCCAUAUUACUGUGCCGUGCCGUGUAGUAUCGUACUGUGUCGUGGACGUUAUUACUUUCGUACCAAGGCCCUACAAAUAUGUUAAAGUAAUUCGAUAUAUCAUUGCAUUUAACGAGAAUUGAAAAUAAGAUUAGCGGAUAUGGUUUGUACAGAUUCGUUCGAUUAAUUUAUAGCAAACGAGUGAAUCGAAGCGUCGAUUCGAUUGACAUGAGGUGCAUUUAUGGAAGACGGUCGACUGUUUAUUCCGAAAUAUAAAAUAAGAGAAGAAGAUCGGUAAUUGUUAUCCUAAAGUGAUCAUACGGAUACGUGUAUCGCUCAUUUAUAAUUAUGUAUCUGCUGUACGUAUACGUAUAUUGUCUGUUUACGACCAUGUGUCCGUUUGAAAAUACAUUGAUAUAAAAGGUAAUUGUGACAAAACGUUUAUCACAAAGAAGAUUAUGUCUUGGAGAACGAAGAUCGUCUGCCGCCGACACAUCUUUUAUGGCGAGCAUCUUCGUAGAAGCACAUUGACCGAAGUCUCUUUUUUCGAUUCGCCCGCGUAUAGUUGGUGUGGAUGGACUUUUUAAGAGAGAAGAAAAAAGUCAAAGGGAUAUCCCUAAUUGAUUUAUCCCUGUAUCAGGGAAAACGAGGGAGUAACGGCAAGGGCGCAGCGAACACUCGAUGCACGACACUUCCUACUUAAGGAAACGGCACAAUGGCUGAGGACCGAAAUAAUUCCCAACGGUUGGUUAGGCAGGCGCACACGAUAGAACACGGUUCGUCACCGCCUCCAGUAUCGACGCUUCCAACAGGAUCAGGUGGUGGUGUCGGAACAAUCGCUAGUGCGAUAGCAACAACGGGAGGCGUUCAACGAUACGAUUCGCCACCCAGAGGUCCAAGAACGUUAUUGUUGCGCCGCGGAGAAAAUGGUUUUGGCUUUACCCUCCGUCAUUUUAUCGUUUACCCACCGGAGUCCUGUUGCAUGCUACCAGGACACGAACGAACGAGGAUAGACGAGCCGAUGGAUACGAUAUUCGUGAAACAGGUACGUGGGAAUUCGCCAGCAGCCGAAGCAGGAUUACGUACAGGGGACAGGGUCGUUUCCGUCGACGGAAGACCAACGCGCGGUGAGCAAUACGCGAAAGUAGUUCAACGUAUCCAGCAGGCGGGCCCCUGGCUACGACUUCUCGUGGUCUCCAAAGAGGACGAUAUCUUGCAAAGAUAUUUCGGUGAAACUGCUCAUAAUCCUGAAACCAAUCAACGACCGCGUCUUCGUUCUCCGGAGAGAAGUGGGCACAGGCAACGCAGAUCAGUCAGUAUGAUUCCCAGCUUGUCGCCAAGAACAAGACAGUCUUGGGUUUGUCCCGCACGAAGCUCGAUGCCGACACCGCUGUGUCAAGAUCAAGAUUCACCUCGACAGCUGAUCGAUGACAGCGUAGGAAUCAUCGAUAAACAUCAGCAACAAUUGCAACGAAACAUCGCUAAAUCGAACAUUUUUGUUGGAACCCUGACGAGAAUACACGAAAAUAUCGCAAGCGCUGGCACUUUACCCGGUGAACGGCAAUCGAUAGAUACGAAAAAUGGUACUUCUUCUCUGCCUUCGUCUCCUGGACCUGAAAAGAAAGUAAAUGAUAAAUUUCCGAUACUACCGCAAGGACUUCAAAUCGUAUCGAAGCGAGCGAAACAGUUCGAGUCAGGGCGAUUAUUAAGCGACGACGAUGAACCGACUGGUGAUCGAAUCAGCCUCUACAAAAGCGAGCUGUCGAGAUUAUCGACUAAGCAUAGCGUGCCGAAUGUUGCCGUUAGAAGAAGGGAAUUUGAAUCGAAAGCCGAAGCUCAAGAACCGAGAAGAAUACCACCUGUGCCAACCAGGGAAACCAAAUCGCUGGACAGUGGUAGCGGAUUAAAAGGCAACAGAAUAAUACCUGUAGGCAGCAAACACAUCCACUGUGAACCGCCGGGCAACUAUAACACGUUAGAAGAGACACCCAAUACGAGAAUCACAGACGGGGAAACAGUACGGCCGAGGAUUCGUAGCAACAGCGCUGAAUCAUGGGAAUCUACUAGUACGAGCAAUUUGUUAAAUACCGUUAGACUUCACUGGUUUCAACGACAGGACGAUACCGAACGAAAGCGAGAUACGAACGGAAAUGACAAUAGCGUUUACGUUGAUGCAACUAAUAUAUGCGAUGGAAAGGAGAAAAUUGUCGAGAAAGGGUCUAGAAGACAACAACAGGAUGGUUACGCGCAAAUCAUCAAAGCCGAAUCUGGUGUAUUGCCAUCGGAUAAUGAUAUGCACAAUAACGAAGUUGUAUUCAGGCGGCAAAAGAAUACGCAGAUUGCAGACGAAGAUCGUGCCACAAGAAGGGUGUCCUACUUGAAAGCAACUUGGGGCGAACGAAUUCAUGUCGACAGUGAUUUGGAACUAAGCGACUCCGAGCCUAUUACCCAUACUUCUAGAAGCAUUCAUAAGAGAUGGCGGCUACCGCUACUUCCAAACGAUAUAGCAUCGCUGCGUCGCAUCUUCGAGGAAGUGACUCAAUCGACGAGUUUAAACAAAAAUAUUAAUCGCGGCAAUUCUAUUUGUACUGGCCGGGAAGCAGCGACUGGCAUUAUAAAAGACAUCGGACAAGUGGAACGAGAGGGACCUUUACAUGUCAAGUUUACUGUACUUGAUGGCAAGCGAUCUUCCGAUCGAUCAUGGAAACAGCUAUGGGGUGUUCUUCGCGGACCGAUUCUCUUCUUUUAUAAGGAUCGUCAAAAUCAGAGUCCUUCGUUAUCCUGCGACGGCGAAAAUGUAGCUCAAAGCGUAGAUGUGAGAUGUUCUCUUGUAGAUAUCGCGGAGGAUUAUACGAAACGUAAACACGUGUUACGGUUAGCAAAUCCGAACGCAGAAGUUUUGCUACAGACCGAAGACGCAGCGUCCAUGGCGCUUUGGCUACGAGCUCUACAUGAACAUGCUGCUGCUGAAAAACCGUCCGAAAUUGCUCAUAAUAGUACUUUGAAGCAACAAGCUGUCCCACAAACUCCAGGUCCCACCAGCAGUUCUUCAACGUGUCAAACAACCACGAAUGCUAGUCCAAUGACAAUGUCGACUGGUAGUAGUAGUGGUGGUCAGCGAUUAAGCCCCCUUCCAGGACAUAAAGGCAUCAAGAAAUUAACUUCGUUUAGGAACAGAUCUCCGACUGGACAAUCACCGAUAAACAAGACUCGAAAACCGAGUCAAACGAUCGAUAGUUUGGUUUCUCCAAAGACCAAGACAUGGAAGGGUAGAGUCGCAAAACAAUUGCGGAGAAUGCACGGACAAACGGGAUCUCCUUCUUCACCAACAACGCAAUUACCACCAGAGGGUGCUACCUUCAAAGUACCGCUUGAACUUUGCCCACCGUCAUCUUUCUCGGAAUACGUGCCAUUGAUCGUUGAAAUGUGCACGAGCAUCGUCGAAGCGAGGGGUCUCGAAGUGGUCGGUAUUUAUAGAGUACCCGGUAACACUGCCGCUAUUUCACAUUUAACUGACAGCGUGAACAAAGGAUUCGAAAAUAUCAAUCUUCAGGAUCCUAGAUGGAGCGAUGUAAACGUAAUAUCUUCUCUUCUGAAGUCGUUCUUUCGACAGCUCCCAGAUUCACUACUCACCGCAGAAUUAUACCCUAUGUUUAUCGAUGCCGAUAAAGUCGAGGAUCCUCAAAGAAGAAUGACAACGAUAAGGAAGUUGCUCAGGGAUCUUCCGGAACAUCACUUUGAAACUCUCAAGUAUUUGAUGUUUCAUUUAAAAAGAAUAGUCGAACAUAGCGAGGUUAAUAAGAUGGAGGCAAAGAAUUUGGCCAUUGUGUUUGGUCCUACGUUAGUUAGAGCCAGUGGUUCCAGAGACAAUAUGGUUACUAUGGUUACUGAUAUGUCGCAUCAGUGUCGAAUUGUUGAAAGCUUAUUAAACAACGUCGAUUGGUUCUUUUCGGAUGAUGAUUUGGACGAUUUAAGUCGACUGAGCGUGAAUCUCAGUCUUCCAGCUGACACUAGCGAGAUCGAGACUACAACGUCGAGUAAUAAUCAUAAUCUCUUGUUGAACAAUAUUCAGAAAGUCGAAGGACGCGAAAUGGCAUCUGCUAAGGACAUUGUAUCAUCUAUUAUAUCCGCUGCUAAUCGAAAAAUACAAAGAAGAAGGAAGUGUCAAGACGAGACGGAUAACGAAACUCACGAAGUCGAUAAGCUGAGGAUGAAACAAGAAGCAGAAAACCUUCAAAAUCGGCGAAGUAUGGCAUUGAACGAGAGGCAAUGUUCGGUCAGUGAGAUCGUUUUAAUGCACGAAAGUCAGAGUCAAUCGAAUCGUUCCAUCGAUCGUUGCGACCGGUCACCGACGCUUGAUCAGGCUGCCAUUACUAGCUCAAGUAUCGGUGGUUCCGAUGUCAUAGCUGAUUGCACAAUUAAUAACCGUGAUUGCACGUUAAACAGUCACGAUGAUGUUUCUUCGGAGAAAUCGAACAGAUAUUUAAAUCGUAUGGUAGAGUCGGUUCCAUCAAUUCAACCGACUCAUCGCUCGGCCGUCUCGUCGGCUUCAGAGUCUUCCCGACUCUCUAGCGAGACUGGCCUGAGCUGCUUCGAUGCAAGUUCGACGCUUUCCAGCGCUUCGAACGACACCAAACAAAGCAAUGACGAGGUUACGAUAAGAACGUAUGCUGGAUUGAGCGCGUCUACUCAAGAACGUAUACGAAGAUUUGAACAGGAAACAAAGGCAAUGUUACAGAGGGAUCGGAAUCGACAAAGACGCGAAGCUGAAAGGAGAGAAGAAGAGAGACGAAGAAUCGAGAUGGAAUGGCAAUUGGCUAAACGUGAAAUGGAAAACGACGAUCUGCUCGACAGUAUAGUAGACACAACCGUGACAACACCUACUACUUAUCUUUCAUCCACGACAAGACUUUCUAGUUUUAACGACAGGCUUGCCGAUAAAUCUUUCCUCGAUAUCGGUUCCCGAUCGACUGCUCGAAUGCCGUCUUUAUCGAUAGCUGUGCAGCAACAACCCACGCCCGUUAGACGAGUGUCGCAACUCGCAGACGAACCUGCUACGAUUCUGCCCUCGGAGAACGUCUCGAACACUAUUAUAAAGAAAUUGAAAACCGAUUCAGAGCAGUCACUGGAAAAAUCUACGACGCUACCACCAAUUCGUUAUGGCAGUUUGGAUUCUCUGCACGAAACACACAACAUUUCUCAGUCGUCGCUCUCACCGACCAAUCAACAACGGAAACCCCUUUCCAGUGAUGUCUCGGACGAUGCUGGAUCUUGUUUUCUACAAUGGACUCAGAAGAUUCUGACCAUUAACAAAAAGCUUUCUAGGCAAACGGCAAAUCCCGGUUUCUGGUGGUACAUAUCGUCUCACCUACAUGGUACCGCAAGCCCCUCUGGUUCCGCCACGAAGACACCGGGCCCAUCGUCAAUGCCAAUGUCCAUGCCGAUGUCAAUACCAAUGUCAAUGCCAAUAUCAAUGCCGAUGUCAAUGCCAAUGCCAAUGCCAAUGCCAAUGUCGAUGCCGAUGCCAGGGCGAAUGCGAGUGCCAGGGCCAGUGUCAGUGUCAGACGCAGCCGACAUCGAUGUUGUGCAACGAUCAUCGACACCCAUCGCAUCCUCCUCGGGAGUAUCACCGGCCUCGGAGCCCUCCGAAUUCUCGGAGCCUAUCGAGCCCGUCGAGCAGUCACCACCGCGAGGGGUGUCUUCGGGCUCAGGGGCCGGAUUGUCUUCCAAGACUAUAAACAGGUUCCUUCGAGGUAGCGAUUUGCUGACCAGCUUGACGACCACGUUCGAUCGUAAAUGGAAGUCCCUGGUAAACUCGUCGAAUCAAACGAUUCGUGGAUCCGCUACGGAGAAUCUGUCUCUCAGCGACGAGGACGCUGCGAUAACGCGAGACUCGCAAAACUUGCGAAAUCAACGAGGAGGAGGAGGAGGAGGAGGGUUACGAGAAGAGAAAGAAGAACACAAAACAGCUUGUCCUCAAUCAUGCUCGAUUGAAACCUAUCGGGAUCCGAGCCUCCAUAAAACAUCUAUCGAAAAGCAUCAAUACGUUCGUCAAAAAAAUGAUGCUCCGGAAAAGGAUACGGAUUCAUCGGUAACAGAGAAUAGCAGCGUCGAUCGACCGGAUAAUACCGAUAUGCCGGAUAACGAUCGAAGCGCUAACGUACGAAAAAGGGUCGAACCGAAACAAGAGCAAUUACGAUCGAGCAAGGAAACAACGACCACGGCAACGACGACAGUUUACGAAGCAAGUUUAGCUGCGAACGAACCGCAAGAAUGCUGUAGGCACGAGAAGGAGACAUCGGUGUUAGCGCAAAAUGGUGGUAAAGCGAUCGACGAUGUGAAAGAUUUUCGACACGAUGUCGAUUCGGCGAAUUACUCGAACAAGCUCGAAAAAUUUGAAAGUCUGACAAAUUGCGAAGUCAGAUCGCGGCUGAAAAGAUCUGAAUCUUUAAAUAAGAGAUCUGAAAAUACCUCGUCCAAGUUGAAGAGGUCUGAAAGUUUGAACAAACAUUCUGUCGAGAGGCUCUCGUCCCCGACCAAUGGCAAGUUGAAACGCUCUGAAAGUUUGAACAAGCAUUCGGAGAGAUCCGAUUCUCCGAACAGUAAGUUAAAGCGAUCGGAGUCGCUGACAAAAACUGAAAAAACUGAGUGUAAUAUUAGCAAGAGACGACAAUCCGUUAGAAAAGAUAGUGCGACGAAAUUAAAACGAAAAAAUGGUAUGCCCGAACGAUCGAUCAAGCGCAGGCACACUGUGGGCGGUACCAAGGAUUUCGACAAAGUACAUUGGUUGGAUAAUAAACUGCAAGUCGAGGCUGAGAGAGUGGUGAGAAACGAAUAUAGACCGAAGAAAAGCCAAUUGAGAACAAGUUCUCCGGAUUUAAGUACUGGUCGUAUCGGUCUUACCGAUACUAGUUUCCUCAUCGAGGUCAGUUUUCGUGGCCCGAGCAACGUCGUUUUUAACGUGACUAACGCUCGUCCGCAGUCUUUACCGGAUACUAGUUUGACUUCUAAAGUGUUUAAAGUACCUCUGGAGAGUCACGUGUAACGAACACGACGUACAGCCUGUAAGGUAAGGGGCAACGAAGAAGAAACAGGUGUCAAGGCGUACGAAGCGAAAAGAAAUUACCGUGAACGUCGAUAUUUCGCUUAUCGCGAGCACCGAAACGCGACGUUUCUUUUUUUUACAUCGCAGCGUGUCAAUUAUUUACGUACCGUACUUGUAACCCAAGCGCGAUUGUGUGCAAUUUUUUGUACAUAUAACGUAUAUGUAUAUAGAUUAUAUAGUGUGUAAUUAAAAAUUAUAAUUCUGAAUGUUCUAUAAGUGGUGCGCGUAUGUGGCACCAUUUGGUGCGUAUGUAUAUUGCCCACUCUUAAUAGCGUUACAUAAUAUCGGAUUAAUAUCGGAACAAGCGUUGUAACCCAUAGAUUUUCUACUUCUUGCAAUUAGUGUAACCGAAUACGAUACGAUUAUACACAUCGGCUGUGUGAUGUCGGUCAAUAUCAUCGACAUUUAUCAUCUGUCUAUACUAUUUUAGACGUAUGUAUUUCCAGAAUGGCAACGAUUCGCUAAUAUACGUUGCUCAUCUUCCCAGAACGAGUACUACUCGUUUCAUCGAUUAUAUACCCGUAUACAGACUGGAUUUGUUUGUACGUUUAACACGAACGCGAACGAACGGUGGUAUUUCUUUCAUUUGAUCAAACGUGGUUUUAUUAUUGAAUGUAAUCGAUCGAUAAGACCGCGAGAUCAUGUAAGGCAGCUUACGAGCCUGACAAUCUUAGAUUUAUAAGAUUUUCUUAGACUUGUAAAUACUUAUAGACACGAAUGUAAGUACGUAACGAAUGAAACUGUAGACCGGCGAUAAAGCGAUAUUUAUUUUAAAUCCGUAACAAUCGUGAUACUAUUAUUUAUUGAAUAUGCGAGAUACCUGGAAUUGGAACAAGUAUGUAUUAUCUACGAGUACAUGGUAUCGAAUUUGUAAAUAAAUCUUAUAUAUUGCUAAAUUAAAAACCAAUUCAACUUGUUAA